GCUAAUCACAGCUUAAAUUUAGCCAUCGCAACGACUUGCAAAAUACCUGCUAUAAGAAAUUGUAUUGGUUCCAUGAAAGAGACCGUAAAUCUUUUUCGGAUGUCAACUAAAGCAGGCACACUGCUCAAAAAUCUUAUUCUUGAAUCCUUUCCAAACUCAAAGCAAGUGAGGUUACUUAAAUUCUGCGAAACACGUUGGGUGGAGCAUUUAGAAUCUCUUUCUUUAUUUAACGAUUUAUUUCCAUUGAUCUGUACUGCGUUGGAAGAGCUUGAUAUUGAAAAUUUAAGAAGUGAUUUAUCAAAGCCACAUGCUUUGUUGACUGCAAUCCAAUCACCUCAAUUUGUGAUUGCUAUGGCGAUACUAAAGCCAAUUUUUGCAUUAUCAAAACACAUAAGCCUAUGUUUGCAGCAAAUAGAUUGUGAUUUGAGCAGCUGCGUUGCUUAUGCAAAUAAUUUGUAUGCUGAAAUUAGUGAAAUGCGUAAGGAUUCUGAACAAUCGUUUAAACUAAUUUUUGAAUCAGUUAAAACAAUAGCCGCAGAAUUAGAUUUAGAAAUCAAAAUUCCGCGUUUGGCGAAACGGCAAACUAAUCGCGACAAUUAUGAAGGCGAACCGGAAGAAUAUUACCGCAGAUCAAUUUACAUACCGUUUUUAGAUCAGUUUUUGGACCAAAUCAAUGAACGAUUUUUAAAACAUCGAGAGCUGCUUUCCAAAAUUGAAAACAUUUUGCCAAAUAAAUGCGUAAAUCUGGACGUUAUUGAGAUGCAGGAGACUGUUCGUGUUUUAGAAAAGCAAUGGUCCGCUGAUGUAGAAGAUCCCGAUGAUUUCGUUGCUGAAUUUAGAAUGUGGAAAAGGAACUGGUUAAAUCAAUCAAAGAGAUCCAAAACUUUUUUAGACGCGUUGAAUUGUUGCGAUGCAAAAAUUUUCAAAACAGUGCAUCGUUUUUUAAAGAUUGGAGCAACAAUCCCUAUAUCUGUCGCUUCAAGUGAACGCUCGUUUUCCUCACUUCGCAGGCUUAAAACAUAUUUAAGAAAUAAAACUGGAGAAGCACGCCUGAACGGAAUGGCUCUCUUGAAUAUCCAUAGAGAUAUAGACGUGACGGAGGAAGAGAUUUUAAAUGUUAUGGCCCAAAAUAAAAGAAGAUUAGACUUCAAUUUGUGAAUAAAAUAAUGAAA